AGGAAACGGGACGCGAGGAACGCCUGGGAAACUGGGAACGCGCAGCAGUCUCCGUUCUCCGGGAGAGAGAGAGAGAGAAUGGGAGAGGAAACUCAAAUGUGUCUGAGGAUUGAAUCGGGCAAAUGAACUAUUUGCCUUUUUAGUUUAUAUACCGCACUGUUCAGCAGCAGGGACGUGGGAAAUACACCUUUAACAUUCUUUUAGAAUUAUCGGCUGUUUUAUUACAUAAAAGAACUGCAGAGCUCUUCGCCGCUGGCAGAUAUGGAGCAGGUAUCAGAUGAAGAGUUGGACCAUGCUGCUGAGGAAGACAGUGAUAAGGAGGACCAGGAUCUGGACCAGAUGUUUGGCACCUGGUUGGGAGAACUGGACAAACUCACACAGAGUUUGGAUGAUGGGCGUCCAGAGAAAAUGCAGAAAGCUCCACUCAGACAGGAAACAAAUCUUGCCAACUUCUCCUACCGUUUCUCUAUGUACAACAUCAACGAAGCCAUUAACCAAGGUGAGACAGUGGACCUGGACGCCCUCAUGGCUGACCUGUGUUCAAUAGAACAAGAGCUCAGCACUAUUGGCAAACCCAUGAGCAAGACCUCAGAUGGCAAAUCUAGACAAAGACCCACAGGCCGCUCGGCCAGCACCAAAAACACCGGAGGGGGCAGCAGCGGAGGAAGCACCAGCAGCAGCACCAGAGCUUCUCCUGCUUCCACCGUACGCGCUGGCAGCAGCCAAUCACGACCCCUGGCCUCCAACAUCUCCCUGGAUGACAUCACCGCUCAGCUAGAAAGGGCCUCCCUGAGCAUGGACGAGGCAGCAAGGCAGACUUCUCAAUCAUCCUCGUCAUCCUCCUCCUCAUAUUCAUCUGCAACUCUGUCUCACCCGACUUCUCACACACAUCAUCGCCGCACAGGAUCGGUUGGUACGGUCAGUGACCAGGAAGUGCACUCGAUCGGUCAUUCAUCCAGGUCGAGCAUCAAUUCUGCCUCGGCAUCCAGCAUGGACUCACUGGACAUCCGAGGGCAGGAGACUGAGGUGCAGUCACAGAAUCAGAACCAAAGCCAGACUAGCACAGAGCAUGUCUCACUGCGAAGGGCCAAUGGUAAAGCUACCAGACGGCAUCUUGACUUCACCUCACAGGAGGGGGAGGUGGAUCAAAGUACUCACUCGUAUCUGGACAGGGAGACCUCUCUGAUUCUGAAAAACAUUGCAGGAAAACCCUCUCACCUGCUGACCAAGGAGGAGCAGGCGGCCAAAGCGAAGGCUGAGAAAAUCCGUGUGGCACUAGAGAAAAUUAAAGAAGCCCAGGUGAAAAAGCUGGUGAUACGUGUACACAUGUCAGAUGAGAGCUCAAAGACCAUGAUGGUGGAUGAGAGGCAGACGGUCAGGCAGGUGCUGGACAGUCUGCUGGAUAAAUCUCACUGUGGUUACAGUCCAGACUGGGCUCUGGUUGAAACCAUCCCUGAGCUACAGAUGGAGAGAAUUUUUGAAGACCAUGAGAACCUGGUGGAGAACUUGCUCAACUGGACCAGAGACAGCCAAAACAAACUCAUGUUCAUUGAACGGAUUGAAAAGUAUGCACUUUUCAAAAAUCCACAGAACUAUUUACUUGGGAGGAAGGAGUCCUCUGAGAUGGCAGACAGAAACAAGGAGGCAUUGCUUGAGGAAUGUUUUUGUGGAAGCUCAGUGUCUGUUCCUGAAAUCGAGGGAGUGUUGUGGUUGAAGGAGGAUGGCAAAAAGUCUUGGAAGAAGCGCUACUUUCUUCUGAGGGCAUCUGGCAUCUAUUUUGUGCCAAAGGGCAAAGCCAAGGCUUCAAGGGAUUUGGUGUGCUUCCUGCAGUUGGACCAUGUUAAUGUUUAUUAUGGUCAGGAAUACCGGAGCAAGUUCAAGGCCCCCACUGACUACUGCCUGGUCCUCAAGCACCCUCAGAUCCAGAAGAAGUCACAGUAUAUCAAAUACUUAUGCUGUGAUGAUGUCAGAACUCUACACCAAUGGGUCAAUGGCAUUCGUAUUGCUAAGUAUGGGAAGCAAUUGUAUGUGAACUAUCAGGAAGCCAUGAAGCGCACUGAGGCUGCCUAUGACUGGUCUUCUCUCUCCAGCACCAGCAUCAAGUCAGAAACAAGCUCAGUCAGUAUACCUGAGUCACAGUCACACUCCAGCCAGGCAGACAGUGGUAUGUCAGAUGGUACUUCAUCCUCCCAUGCCCGCUCCCAGAGUGUAGUCAGUUCAAUCUUCUCUGAGGCAUGGAAGAGAGGGACUCAAAUAGAGGAGAGCACAAGGACAAGGCCAGAAUCAAUCCGUUCUACCCAUUCAAGCCAUAGCAGCCAUUCUUCUCAUCGUGUGCCUCAACAGCAGCUUUCACACCCACAGCAACAGUCACAUCCAUAUUCAGUUCCACUGUCACAUGGAAGUGUCAAUCAGGCACAGACACAGGCACAAGUACCACCCCAGGCAACUCCAGCCCCACAACCACCUACUCCACCACCCCCUCCACCCCCUCCUCCAAUUUCCAAUAUCCCCCACCAUGCCACACCUACAGUGUUCGCCAAAUACAGCACAAUCACUCGGCUUCAGAAUGCCACUGAGGCCACAAUUCACCACAAGCCUCAGACUGUAGUACAGCAGCAAGUGCCACCUGUCCCACUGGCCUCCAAACCACAAUCAAACAAUGUUCCACCAGGGGCUAAUAUCCCACCCCCUCCUCCUCCACCUCCACCUGCCCCAAUGCCUCCACCUGGAUCAGCUAUGGCUGUUUUGAAACUUGGUCCUCCAGCCCCAGCAACAGUUCUUCAGUCCUACCCUCCUCCUUCCCCCUCAUCUCCACCACCUCCUUCUCCCAUAAUGCCCAUGCAGACACAGCCUCUACCACUUUCACCUCCCAUUAUGCCAAUGCAAACACAGCCUUUACCACCUCCUCCUCCCAUAAUGCCUGUGCAGUCACAGCCUUUACCACCUCCUCCUCCCAUAAUGUCCUUGCAGUCACAGCCUUUACCACCUCCUCCUUCCAUAAUGUCCUUGCAGUCACAGCCUUUACCACCUCCUCCUCCCAUAAUGCCUGUGCAGUCACAGCCUUUACCACCUCCUCCUCCCAUAAUGCCUGUGCAUUCACAGCCUUUACCACCUCCUCCUCCCAUAAUGCCUGUGCAGUCACAGCCUUUACCACCUCCUCCUCCCAUAAUGCCUGUGCAUUCACAGCCUUUACCACCUCCUCCGUCCAUAAUGCCUGUGCAGUCACAGCCUUUACCAUCUCCUCAACCCUUAGUGCCAAUCCAGUCACAACCCCUGCCACCUCCUCAACCCAUAGUGCCAAUCCAGUCACAGCCAUUCCCACCUCCUCCACCCCCUCUGCAGGCUAAUGGCCUUUCCCCUCCUCCGCCUCCCUUUACAGUACAGGCAACUUUCAUAUCCAAUGGACACAAUCAGGUCCUUGCCCACAAAUUUCCCAGUGUACCCCAGGAUGUAAUACCACCAGCCAAUCAGAUCCAUUAUCCUCCACCUCCACCACCGCCACCGUCAGCACCUACACUCCCUCCUCAACAGCAUGCAGCUCCAAAUCCACCACCACCGCCUCCUCCUCCACCACCUCCAUCAGCUACUAUGCAGCUGCCGAUUCAUCCUGCAGUUAUGCCCAAAACUUUCACUGGUGGAUUUCCACCCCUGACAGCACCAAAACCUUCGUAUGGCAUUCUUCCAGCAUCCCCAGUGGCUCCAUCACCUCAAACUCCAGUACCACCACCUCCCCCACCACCACCUCCUCCUCUACCUAAUGCACCACUGAAGAACCAACCCCCACCUACACUACCCAAGCAACACAGCAUCUCCAAGACACGCCAAACCUCUUCAGUGCCAUCUCUGGUUAAGCAGCUUGCUAGCCAGUUUCCUGUUGCAUCUCCUGCAACGACCAAUCAAACUGAGUCUCAAAGUCACAAAGCUCCCCAGUCCCCACCUGCAGUGAAGGCUAAACCAAAAUGGCAGGCUGUAGGUCAAGGCCAGCAGCAACAGAGGUCACCUGAAUUUCCACUGCCGCCUCCAGAGAGUACCCUUGUCUUUCCUUCACCUGCAACUCCGACACCACCACCUCCUCCUCCUCUUCCUAUGUCAGGCUCCCCUAUCAGGAAAUCCCCCUCUGGCUCAUCUGCAGGGGUCAAGAAACCUCCACUGCCUCCUCCAGAAAGUACCCUUGCUUUUCCUUCACCCCCAACUCCGCCACCACCACCUCCUCCUCCUCCUCCUCUUCCUAUGUCAGGCUCCACUAUCAGGAAAUCCCCCUCUGGCUCAUCUGCAGGGGUCAAGAAACCUCCACCGACUCCUCAACGCAACAUCAGUGCAAAGUACAAUGCCUCUGUGGACAACCAGGAGUCCUGCAGGAACUUGGUGAGCAAGUUUAACCCCAGUUCUGCUUCAUCUACAACAACCUCUAAUAGCUCAACCUCCAAGGAUCUUUCCACAAGUCCCCGUGCACCCCCCAAACCAGGGAAGCUCAAUCUGGCAAAUCUUCCUUUGGUUUUGCAGAAUAAAUUGAAUCAGAACCACCAAUCAACUGCAGACUUCCCAUCCCCUCCACCCCCAGAAAAUGACAUCUUCCCCCCUCCCCCACAGGAGUCUGACCUUCCUCCACCACCACCCCUUCCAGGUGAUCCAAAUGGUUUGUCUCCAAAGGUGGCUGUGGUCAAUCCUCAGCCCCAGUCUACUUGGGGCAAGAGUUCCAUGAAGAAGACACAACCUCAAGCAUCAGUUCACUGUAACAAUACUUUUAGGCAGUCUCCAUCCCUCUCACCACCUUCCAUACAAGGGGGCCCUGUUCCUCCUUCUUCCAAAGGCACCACACAGCCAAACUUCUUUGAGGACCUUAAUAAGACACUGAAACGGAAGUCCUUACGAGUCUCUGGAGACAAAGUGGACCCUCUGACCACAAUGGAUGACAUGGCUUUGCCACCACCUCCACCUGAACUUCUGCAUGAUCAAUUGAGACACAGUGGUAGUGGCUUCAUGUCCGGGAAUAUCUCAGGCUAUGCAACGCUACGGCGAGGGCCACCUCCUGCCCCUCCCAAGCGGGACCACAGCACCAAACUAACAAACUAGAAAACUGCAACUUUUCCUGGACUCUCUUGCUUGCUAUUUUCAUGUCUGUGUCAUGUAGUUGUAGAGGAGAAAGCCAUACCUUUGUUGAUAUCCUCUGCUUCCUCUGUACAAAACAGCUCAAGAAGUUUCAGCUUUACUGUGACUUUGUGACAGUGCAUCAGUUCCAGUUCCAUACAACUGUGGAGUGAUUCCACUUCAACACCUUGGUACUGCAUGGAAGAAAAAAAUACAUUAGUCUAUAAAUCUUAUAGUUUUUUUGGGAAGUCAAACAUUUUGAACUUUGGGGUUGGGUGGGAUUUUCAAUUUUAAUUUUAUAUUGUUUAUAUAUUAUCGUUUAUUUAAUAAUCUGAAUAUAUUUUGUUAUUUCAGACUGAAGUUUUUUAAAUGGUUGGAUGGUUAUUGCGGUUUGAGGAGUUUUAGAUGGGUAAGUUGAUUUAGACAGUGUUCGGUUGGUAUAUUAGUUUGGCACAACUUUAGCCAUUUAUGUGGCAGAUCCAGUGCUCAAUGGAGGGAUCUAGAAUGUAUCCUGAUCACUAUUGUUCUUUGAGUCGCUUUAAAUGCGUUUUAGUUGUUAUUGUCAAAACUAUAACAUGAAGGACUUGUUGUUCAGGGAGUUGACUCAUUGUCUAGUUCUAGAGACUGGAAUGUUUGCUUUUUUAUUAGAACUGUUUAAAUUGUAGAUAUUCUCAUUUUCUGCAGUAUCUUUGUUUAGGUAAGACAAAUGACUGCCUUGCUGUUCCAUGUUGGUCCUUGCUUCCUCUGGUGAACAUCCAUGCUGACUUACAAAUUGUUCACCUAUGGAGAGAUAGGCUUCUAAGCCAUGUGACUGAGUGACACAACCAUGUGACUGAGUGACACAAACCUUAUUCACAUAGAUUUAUCGUAUAACCUGUAUUACAACCUGUAUUAUUGGCUCAUGAUUACAGCCAUGCCUUAAGAUUCUAUAACAUGCGUGUACAAUAACCGAUAAAAAAUAUUAUCAUCUUUCAAAAAGAGGCCAUUAGGAAGUAAAAUUUCCCUGUAGGUUUUACUUGUUAAAGGGUUCUGACAUAUUUUUCAACUUCAUAAUCUUACAGUGAGCACCUAUAAUGGCUCUGUAAGAGCUACUUUGCAUUAGUAAAAACAAGAAUGCAUAUUAUCUCUUAUCCACAUUUGAUUUUGAAGAAUUUGUUUAUUGAAUGUAUUUACAUUAUCAUGAAACAUUUCAGGCUGUUGAGAAGUGACUAACAGAAGUUAUUAUUUAAAUUAUUAAAGUUUCCGGUCAUGAUCCAU